UUAUUUUUUGUUUUGAUUUUCGUUUUUGAUUUAUGAUGAGAAAUAAAAAAUCAGUUUUCAUUGAGUGAUGCUGUAAAAUGUAUGAGUUAUUAUUCGAUUAUUUUUGAAGUUAAAAAUUAUUUUUAACUGUAUAAAAUAUGGUAUUAUUAACUGCAUGUUAUUUUGAUAUUGGUUCGGAAACAUAUUAAUCUUCCAUAUAGUAUUAUUUUGUAUUACCAUAUCAAAAGGUGAAAGCAUUUCUUUCCAUAACAUUAUGCAUCGAGCUGCUUCAGGAUUAGAUACAUGUGAUAUAAGUCCUAUUAAAACAAGUAAUAAGCACAACAUAACGCCUCAGAGAACUAGAAGGAAAACUUCCAGGCGAGAUCAAGGUAUUGAUGUACACAGCUCUUGUUCAACUCCAAACUCUCAAUCUCCUAAAACAAGUCUUCGAAAUCUGAGCUCGCCAUCAUCAUCUUUUCCAUAUUCACAAGAAAAUCAUCCUGAUGUUAUUUGGGAUUAUACUUCACCAAAAUUGCCCAAAGGUUCAAAAAAGAAAGAAAUAAAGUUGACUGUUCAAGAGUUGCUUGAAAACCUGAACCAAUGCCAAGUGCCUGAAUGUAGCUCAAAUGUUCAGCCUGUUCAAUAUAUAAAACUAUUAGAAAAUUGGAUGACUAAGCAGAAAGUUGAUGGUGCUAUUAAAAAUACUGUAAAAAAUAAGAAGGGAGUGAAAAAGCGUCCUCGACAAGUUAUUGAAGAAUUAAAAAAGUUUAUUGAAACAAUACCAAGAUUAAAUAACCAAGCAAAAAUUGACAACAAUUCAGGGCAGAAUAAUACUUCUGAGAAUAAACAAGAAUUAGAUAAUAGUAAUAAUUCAUCAAAAUUGAACAUUUCCUCAAAAUCAUUCCUUGCUGGUGAUAGUACAGAUAAUGAUUCAACAGAUGAACUAUGGGGAGAUGCAGAUAAUAGUUUUAUUGUUAAGGCAACACAAGAACUUGAAACUUUAAAUACUGUGUCUACUGAUAAUCCUAGUUAUGAAGAUAUUGUAUCAACUAUACCUGAAACUGCGCCUAAUGAUGUACAGGAACAAAAAAGACAUUCCUGUGGUAAUCGUUUAACUUUAGAUGAAUAUAAUGACUUUCUAGAACAGUUAACAAAUGUUGAUUGGGACUCAGAUAUGGAGGAAUGGGAUAAUGGUUUUCUAAUUGGUGAAGAUGAACUUAGUCAGAUUCCAGAUGAUAUUUUAUCAGGAAAUGCUGAGUCAAGUAAUAGAAAUACUGCAGCUUCAAAGAAUGAAGCUUCAAAAAUUGUGUCUAGUGUUUUAUGUACAAAUACUUCAAAAUCUUCAACAGAAGAAAGUAAAAGCCAUUCUUUAGAUGAAGUAGAAGUUGUGGUGAUGCAGAAUAAUAAUACAGAAUUGUAUAAUAGUUUUGAAGAUGAGAGCUUUGAAGAUGAAUCACUUCUUUGUCAACCUGAUAUAUUAUCAAGGAUAGAUGAAGUAGAAAAUUUAAUGUCUCAGCAACCUAAGUGCACCCCAGAAGAAAUUAAAAAGAAAAAGGAUGAAGCAAUCAAGAGAAGACAAAAAAGUAAAGCAAAAAGCCGUCGAUGAAGUCGUAUCAAAUUUAAAUAUAUUUGUUUAUAUGUACAGUGCCUGAAAUUCUUGAAUAAAAAGUGCAUAGAAACAUAUUAUUGUUUACAAUAAAAUUGUAACUUUUAUCUAAGAAUUUAUUUUUUUAUUGUUGUAGUUGAGAAACCAUAAUUUAAAAUUUGAUUUAUUUAACAAUUGAUACCAUUUUAUCUCAAAGAAUGAUGCUAUUUUGUGAUGAAAACAAUUUAAUUUUAAAGUAUUUUUACUUAUGUUUCAUGCAACAUCUUAAAAAAAUAUAUUGAUUAUCAGAUGACAAACUUUGCCAAUAGUUUCGAGAUUCAUUCCUGUUUCUCCAAAAUAACAAUAUUUCUUAUAAUGUAGCAAAAUAUUAUUACUUGUCACUAGAAUUAUAAUAAAUUGUAUGUAUCAAAAUUGUUGUAGGUCAUAUGUAUAAAUUUGAAAUUGUUUGGUAUUGAAAGUUGAACUAUAUCUGAAAUAGAGAUAUGAUCUUGAGGAUUACCUAAGCAUUGUUGUUUUACACAAUGAUUUUAAUUAUAAAUGUAUAAAGUAUACUUUUUCAAUUACAAAACAAUGUUAACAAAUAUACCUUCAUAAGUAGACAUUAUAAAAAUAGGUCUAUAUUUUAUUUAC